AAAAAAAACACAACAGUUUCAAAUUCAAAACAACAAAAGAAGAAACAACCAUGUCUUGCUCGGUUGUCGUUUCAAAUUCUAAUGUCUUCUCUCUCCCCUCUCCUUGCCAAUUCUCUCUCUCCUCGCCUGUUUUGAAGAGAAAGAGACCGGCUAAGCUUCAUAUACCCGUUGCUUCUCUGACUAUCGAAGUCCCGCCGGCGGCAAUGACUCCGGCACCGGAGAAGGACGUUGUUGAGGUGGAGGGAAACGGUUUUUCUGUAUAUUGUAAGAGAGGAAGUAGGAAACAUAUGGAGGAUCGUUAUUCGGCUUCUGAUGAUCUUCACGAAGAAACAAAACAGGCUUUUUUUGGCAUAUUUGAUGGGCAUGGAGGUGCAAAAGCUUCAGAAUUCGCAGCAGAUAACAUGGAAAAGAAUGUAAUGGAAGAAGUGAUCAGAAGAGAUGAGAGUGAUAUUGAGGAAGCAGUGAAGCAUGGCUACCUCAAAACAGAUUCAGAUUUCUUAAAAGAGGAUGUUCAUGGUGGUUCUUGCUGUGUAACAGCAUUGAUUAAGAACGGUAAUCUUAUCGUGUCCAAUGCGGGCGAUUGUCGCGCUGUUAUUAGCCGAGGAGGUGUUGCUGAGGCCUUAACAUCUGAUCACAAACCUUCGAGGAAAGAUGAAAAAGACAGGAUCGAAACUCAGGGUGGUUAUGUUGAUAUGUGCCGUGGCGUGUGGAGAAUCCAAGGCUCUCUUGCUGUUUCUAGGAGCAUUGGAGAUAGACACAUGAAACAAUGGGUGAUAGCAGAACCUGAGACCAAAGUUCUUAGAAUUGAACCUCAUCAUGACUUGCUAAUCCUAGCUUCAGAUGGAUUAUGGGACAAGGUUAGUAAUCAGGAAGCAGUAGAUAUAGCUCGUCCUCUUUGUGUAGGGAACAAUAAACAAGGACCCUUUCAAGCCUGUAAGAAACUUGUCGAUUUAUCAGCGUCGCGAGGCUCUAUCGAUGAUACAAGUGUUAUGAUCAUCAAAUUACAGAAAUAUAUUUGAAGUCUCAAUACAAAAGAAGCUAAUGCUACUAAUUGUUUCCAUCGUCUUUAUCACCAAAAAGUCCAGGAGGGAAAGGUACUCUUGAAUCAGCAAGGUUGUAUGUUAGGAAUGCGAUUUGGGCAGUCAUUCGGAUCAUGGUCCUGGUAUGUGCUUGUUGGUUGGUAAUGAGGGUGUUAAUCAACGAUUCGGUGGAAGAAGCUUAAGGGGUCUCAUAGUCGAAGGCCUCCAAGUUUGAAGUUCCUUUUUACUGAGAAGCGAGUCGAGGAGCUUUCUUUUUCAUUUAGGGGACACUGAGACUCCAUUAUCGUCCUUGAUCUACAUCUAACUGAAGAAGUGCUUCCCAAUUUAAGUCCAACUCCUAAUCGGCUCUUCCAAUUCUACAUCAAAUCCCACAUGCAACAUAAUUUUCAUAAUCAAACCAUCAUAUGGUAACCAUUUUCAUUUCUAUGGGUCUUCAAAAUGUGUUGGAGUAAUCCACUAGUCCAAUUAGUUUCAAUCUUAUUGGCUAGUAACCAUGUGAUCAUGUAUCAGUUUUAGAGAUUUCCCAAGAAUGAACUAUCUAAGGAUUAACACAUGAGUAACCAUAUAAUGAAAGAGACAAACAUUCGGUGUCAUAAAUUCCACAGUAAGAGGGAAUAUGUGACCUACUAACUAACGGGUCGAUAAGAAGAGAUUGAGAAGAAGAGAGAAAGUAAAAAAUGUUCUAUAAAGUUAGGAGCCUCAGUGGUGUAGAGGGAGCUGAUGCAAAAUAAAAAGGAAAAUACCUCAAUAGUGAUUACCUCAUCCUUAUAGCGAAGAUCUGCGUAGACCAUCUUCAAUGGCUUUGAAAAAAAUUUCCCUGGACUUGUUGCGGAUAAAGUAUCUCAGCUUGGCUUGAUCAAAGGUGUUGAAGAAAUAGAAUCUCUCAAAGUAGCUCUCAUCCAUAUAAUGAGAGAGGAUAAGUUGACAAUCAGUGAAAUGCUAGAGGAAGUUCAUCUCUUGCUUUUGUGAUUAGAAAUCAUUUGAAACAUAGGCUAGAGCAUAUGAACUACGAGCUGUGGAAACACUCUUUCGUGUCAUUGUUAGUGAUAGUGGUGAUGAGAACACUCAAGUAGCAUAAAAAAGCCAAGAAUACAGGAAGAAGAUGCAAGAAGAAGAUUAUGAGAGGAAUGAAUAAGAAUGAAAAAAGAACUACCUAUUAGACAUAUGCUUUGAAAAGCCUCUUUCAAUUUAAUAGUGAUUUACUUCUAUUGAAAAACAUUCUUGUA